AUGGCAGCCGGCAAGUUCGGACCCAGCGGGCCCAAGAUGACCAUGAAGGCGCCUCAGUCGAGCUCGAGCUCUGCUCCUCGUGCAGGGCCAUCACAACGAAAGGGCGCUCCUAGCAAGGGCAAGCAGCCAGCAAAGUCAGCACGCCAGGACGAGAGCGACUCGGAAGACGACAGGAGGGACGACGAUCAGAUCUCGCUCGAGAAUGGCGACGAUGACGAGCCUGACACGGAAGAUGAGAUCGAGGCAGCCAAGGGAGCCGGGUCCAAGAGCAAAAAGACGGCCAAGCGCAAGCGCAGAGCCACCUCUCCAACCUCCUUCGGAAGUGCGCUAGAAGGUCUGCUUGGAAUCGCACCAUCUGCAUCAGCAGAUGCGCUCGAGACCCUGGAUGAGGACGAGGAGGAAGUAGACGCUGAAGAAGAGGCCAGCAAGAAGGCCAAGAAGUCGAAGACCGCCUCAAGCAAAUCAGAAGCCUCGGUACCAGCCAUCCUCUCGCUUGCACCGCAUCUCCGUCGCUCUGCGCAAUCCACUACACUCAGUGCUCGAGCAGCACGUAUCGCGCUCGAACAGAAGCGUCGUCGCGAAGAACGCUCCCACAUCAAGGACGUCAUUGGUGGCUGGGGUCCUCCUGGCGUGCUCCCCGCACUCGAGGACGAGGACGGCAACAUCAUCGAGACUUUCUACGCCGAGAACGACGAGCAGCGACUGGAGGAGUUUGCGAGUCAAGGCGGCAGCCAGGUGUACGAGCGCAAGCUGCGCAAAGUGGCACAGCGCGGUGUGGUCAAGCUGUUCAACGCGAUUCGUGCUGCGCAGACCACGACCGAGGACGAUCUGGAGGAGGUCGAGGCCAAGAAGAGCGCGGCUGCUGCGGCAGGAAAGGUCAAGGCAAGUGCAGUGCCGGCGAAGAAGGCAGGAUUGGCCAGCAAGGACGCCCGACUGGCCGAUUUGAGCAAGUCGAACUUCUUGGAUCUGAUCAAGAAGAGCGCAAAGGGGAAAGGGAGCGGUGUUGCUGCCAAGUGA